UUAGGUUGCAGUGUUUUCUAAGCGUCAGUUUCAGGUUCCUCCUCUGCAGUAUUGGGCUUAGAGACGGGACGUCUGCGUGUACCGCGGCGACGAUGAAGUGAGAUGCGCCCUUAAAUAUUGGUUGGUAUUUUUAUUCACGGCACGACACAAAGCCAGGACCCUCGACCAUCUCGGCUGCCGCCCGUCUCCGCGGGAGGACCCCACCCCAGCGCAACCGAGGCACAAAGCGCGCCCAGCCACCCGCACACCUCCCGCCGCUCGCAGCACCUGCCGGCGCCCGUGCAUGCGCUUCCAGAGAGCGUCCCUAGAGGGCAGACUCGAGGCCGGGAAGUUCUAACGCCCGUCGUACGGGCACGACGUGAAACGGCUCUGCUUUGCGGCCCCCGGCCUCCGCCGUAAAGCGCGUGGGCUGCCCCGCGUGAGUGAGCUGACGGGCGACUUCCGCGGGUGCGGGGGCGGGAGGGAGACGCGCGGGUGGAAGGGGUGAAGCGGUGGAAGGCGGUGGAAGGCGGGGCCCCUGGACGCUCCGGCUAUGGGCAAACGCGGGAGCCGGAGCCGGAGCCGGAGCCGGAGCCAGCUGCUCCACGCCCUGACUAAGAAGCAGAAGAAGCACCUUCGGGAUUUCGGCGAGGAGCAUCCCUUCCACGACAGGGUUUCUGGAAAGGAGGCAAAACCACAGAUCUAUCAACGGUCAGAGAAUUCAGAUGCUUCAGGUUCUGAAAGUGAAGCAGAGAGUGAACCAGAACAAGUUUCUGGGUACCACAAACUACUCGCCACAUUAAAGAAUGCAUCAGAAGAGGAUGAGGAGGAAGAGGAGGAUGAAGAAGAAGAGGAAGAAGACAGUGCUGUAGAUGAGGCAGAAACGAACAGUGAAGAUGAUGGUAGUGAUGUCAGCGUGGAGAAAGAGACAACAGCCGAGUCCACCAAAGUGCAGGAGAGUAUGGUUUUGCCUGCUGACCCUGAAGGAAAAGAUGGGGAUGGGCCACUUGGCACAUCACAAGAAUCCCUUGAGGAGUUUACAGAUGCAAAACACGAGUCACUCUUCAGCCUGGAAACCAAUUUUCUCGAGGAAAGUGAAGGCGCAUGUUCUCUGAAAGUAUCACAAGAUCCAUUCCUACAACAUGUGAACAAAGAACUGAAAGAAAAAGAAAUUCAGGCUGUUGCCACAAAUCCCAGAACUACUCACCAGCUAAAAUGGCCUGUAUUGGGCCAGCUUGUCUUUUCAUCCAAGUUUCAGAAGUUGGAAACAUUUAAACCCUCAAAGGACGUUGACUUAAAGUCACUUCAUCUGCAGAAGCCCCUGGAAUCCACCUGGACCAAGACCAACAGCCAGUUCCUCUCUGGUCCCUCCAAAUCAAGUAGCCCCUUCACACCCCUCCAGAAAGAGCUCUUCUUAAUUAUGAACUCUUACCAGGACCUAUUCUACCCAGAAAGGACUGCCCUGAAGAAUGGGGAGGAGAUUCGCCAUGUGUACUGCCUACACGCAAUAAAUCAUGUCCUCAAAGCCAAUGCCCAGGUGCUUAGUAACAAUAGCAGACGUCGCAGUCAGAAGCUUGGGGUGGGUGACGAUGAUGACUUCAGAGACCAAGGGCUAACAAGGCCCAAGGUGCUGAUAGUUGUGCCCUUCCGAGAAGCUGCUCUGCGGGUGGUGCAGCUCUUCAUCAGCCUCCUUGAGGGUGACAGCAAGAAGAAAAUAAUUGUGAGCAAUAAAAAGAGGUUUAAGGGAGAGUAUGGCUCAGAUCCUGAGGAGAGACCACCCAACCUGAAGAGGCCUGAGGAUUAUGAAGCUGUGUUUGUCGGCAACAUCGAUGACCACUUUCGGAUUGGCGUGGCAAUACUCCAGAGAAGCAUUCGUCUCUAUGCCCCCUUCUACUCCUCCGACAUCCUCAUUGCCUCCCCGCUGGGCUUGAGGACCAUCAUCGGUGCAGAAGGAGAAAAGAAGAGAGAUUUUGACUUUUUGUCUUCUAUUGAGCUGCUCAUCAUUGAUCAAGCCGACAUUUAUCUGAUGCAGAACUGGGAGCAUGUCCUGCAUUUGAUGAACCACAUGAACCUACUGCCCUUGGAUUCACACGGGGUGGACUUCUCCCGAGUGAGGAUGUGGAGCCUUAAUAGUUGGUCUAAGUACUAUCGCCAGACUCUGCUUUUUGGGGCCCUGCAGGAUGCCCAGAUCAACUCCGUGUUCAGCAAGUACUGCGUCAAUCUCCAAGGCCAGGUGGCUGUGAGGAACGUCCCAAUAACUGGCUCCAUCAGCCAUGUCCUGGUGCAGCUUCCACAUGUCUUCCAGAGGAUGGAAGCUGAAAAUGUAGCUUCGGUGAUUGAUGCCAGGUUUAAUUUUUUUGUGAACAAGAUUUUGCCUCAGUAUCGUGAUGCAGUCAUGUCUCAUACGCUCAUCUAUGUCCCCUCCUACUUUGACUUCGUGCGCCUCCGAAACUACUUCAAGAAGGAAGAACUGAACUUCACCCACAUCUGCGAGUACACUCCGAAGUCUGGUAUUUCCAGGGCCAGACACUUCUUCCUUCAAGGAGAGAAGCAGUUUUUGCUCCUCACAGAGCGCUUCCAUUUCUACAAAAGGUAUACCAUAAAAGGGAUCAGGAACCUGAUUUUCUAUGAACUGCCAACUUACUCCCACUUCUACAGUGAAGUCUGUAACAUGCUGAAAGCCACCAGCAGAGGAGAGGAAGCCGCCUGGACUUGCACUGUCCUCUACUCCAGGUAUGAUGCCCAGAGGUUGGCUGCUGUGGUUGGUGUGACACGGGCUGCACAGAUGCUGCAGUCCAAGAAGAACGUCCACCUCUUCAUUACUGGAGAAAGAUGAGAAUUUGUUGGACAGGAAAUGGUAUUGGCGGGAUAUAUAAUGCUGAUGCUGCGCCACUUGGACCCAGUUCUGAUCACUUACACAAGAGAAGGACUGCUAUAGAAGAGGAGCAUCAGGCAGUAUCAUAUUGGAUACUUCUUCCUUUUCAGGUCAUGUGUCCCUGAAAAGUUAAAUGUAAACCAAAUUUUGGUCACAUCUCUCAGACCUCGGGAGAGAGCUAAUAGAAUUCCAAAAGACUGAUAGAAGGAAAAACUUCUACUUGUGAAAUUUUUUGUAAGCUAUAAAUUCUUCUAUUGUUAUUUUAUUCUCUAUUGUACUUGAUAAAGUCUUUCAGGUUUGCCUGUU